CGGCAGGUGGCACGACGGGACCUCCCUGCGACACCGGAGAUGUCGACGGUGGAGCUGGCGAACGGAGUCCAGGUGCCCCUCAUCGGCCUGGGAACAUGGCAGGCGCCCCCAGGGGAAGUGGAGGAGGCAGUGAAGACGGCCAUCGACGUGGGCUACCGCCACUUCGACUGCGCGCACGUGUACGGCAACGAGAAGGAGAUCGGCGCGGCCGUGCGCGAGAAGAUCGCCGAGGGCACGGUGAAGAGGGAGGACCUGUUCAUCGUCAGCAAGGUGCGUGGAGGCCGCUGUGGAACACCUUCCAUAGACCGGAACUGGUGUUGCCUGCCUGCAAGAAGACUCUUGAGAACUUCGGCCUGGACUACCUGGAUCUCUACUUGAUGCACUGGCCUAUGGCGUUCAAGGAAGGAGACGAGUCCUUCCCCACCGACGCGGAGGGCAACUUCAUCACCGAGGACAUCGACUACGUGGACACGUACCUGGCCAUGGAGGAGUGUGUCCGCCAGAAGCUGACCAGGAGCAUCGGCGUGUCCAACUUCAACUCGCAGCAGAUUCUGCGGGUGCUGAAGGCAUCCAUCAAGCCCGUCAUGAACCAGGUGGAGUGCCACCCGUACCUGAACCAGAAGAGGCUGAUCGAGUUCUGCCGCGCGCGCGGCAUCCAGGUGACCGGCUACAGCCCGCUGGGGGCGCCCAACACCGUGUGGGCCCCAGGGGCGCCCAAGCUGGUGGAGGACCCGCGGCUCGCCCAGCUGGCCGCGAGGCUGGGCCGCAGCGUGGCCCAGGUGGUGCUCAGGUACCUGGUCCAGAACCGGGUGAUUGCCAUUCCCAAGUCGACCAACCCCACUCGCCUGAAGCAGAACAUCAGCGUCUUCGACUUCCAGCUGAGCGAAGAAGACAUGGAGUUCAUCGACGGCAUGAAUUCCAACACCAGGACCUGCCCUUUCUUUCAGUGCAAGAACGACAAGAAUUACCCGUUCGUAGGCGAGUUCUGAAGAACAUCUAGUAACCAUUGGAAGGAAAAAAACACAUAUUGUUCACAUGCUGUACCUAAAAAUGAUUGUUAAUUACAAAAAUGUGUGAUUAAUUUACAAAUAAAAACGAAAGGCACAUCAUGUGCAUAA